AUGGUCUUUAUGAGUUCCACUCAAUCGUUCUUUUUAACGGAUGUUUUAGGUAUUUCAACAAAGGUUGGUGAUUAUAUCGGUACAUUAGGUUUUGCUGAUGAGUUGAUGUCUAUUUCAUUAAGUCCAUUUUUGGGUGCUUUGAGUGAUAAGAUUGGUGCUAAGCAUAUUCAAGUUUGUGGUGUUUUCAUCGUUGGUUUAUCAUUUUUCAUAUUAACUUUAGCUAAAAAUGUUUAUCCUGAUAUGUUAUUGAUUAGAUUAUUCUUUGCUAUCGGUGCUACAGCUUCUGGAUCCAUGAUGACUGCUUUAUUGGCAGAGUUAUCAUCAUCAGAUCUAGAGUAUUAUGAUCCUAUUGAACAACAUGAACCUCAGGAAAUUAAUGAAGAAGAAGCAAAUAAGGCUCAUAGUAAAAGAAAUGGUAAAUUAACAUCGGUUAUUGGUAUCUCAUCAGGCCUUGGUGCAUUAUUUGCAGUUUCUGCUUAUUUACCACUACCAAAUAAAUUUGGUCAAAGGGAACCACCUGCACAAGCCUUGAAACAUUCAUAUUUUGUUGUUGGAGCAAUUGCGUUGACCUCUUCAAUUUUCUUGUCAUAUGGGUUGUUUUCAUCAAAGAAUUUCAAGAUCCCAUUCUUGUCAAAAUAUCUAUCCCCAUAUGAUGAUGUGUUAGAUGAUAUUGAAGAAGAGGAACAUGAAGUUCAUCUUGAACAACAAAAACAUACAUAUUUUGGACUAUUGAAACUAGGGUUCUCGGAAGCUAAAGAUCCAAAGAUUGCAUUAGCUUAUCUGGGAGGGUUUCUUUCUCGAUCAACAACUAUUGUCAGUGCUGUUUUUCUUCCAUUAUAUGUUAAUAAAUACUAUUAUAAAGAAGGUAUCUGUUCCACCGCAGAUAGAUCAAGUUGCAGAGAGGCCUAUAUUCAAGCAGCUAUUCUUACAGGUAUUGUCCAUAUGGUUUCAUUAAUAUUUGCCCCAAUAUUUGGUUUCACAGCUGAUAAAUUUGGCCGUAAAAACUCUAUGAUUAUAUCAUGUAUCUUUGGUAUAGUUAGCUCAUUUGGUUUUGCAUUUUCUAAAAGCCCAAAAAGUGCUGCUGCUGUUGUUUUCAGUUGUUUCCUUGGUGCCAGUCAAAUAGGAAUUAUCUUAACUUCAAUGUCGUUAUGUACAGAUAAGAAAAGAGCGCAUAAUGGAUCGAUUUCAGGUGUUUAUUCAUUAGUUGGUGGUAUUGGUAUCUUGAUCAUCUCCAAAGUUGGUGGUUAUUCAGCUGAUUUUUGGAUUGGUGCGCCAUUCAUUAUUCUUGGUGGAUUUCAGAUAAUUACAAUUGUUGCUUCACUUUACGCUGGAGGUAAACUAGAUUUCCUGCUUUCAAAAUUUUCUGCAAGAUUACAACUACCAGAGGAUGAAGAUGCUUAG